AUGGAUGGCUACGCAAUUUGCUCAGAGAGUACAAGAUUAGCUUCUGCAGAGCACCCGACUUUCUUUUGCGUCAAAGGCACAAUCGCUGCUGGCGAUGACUCCGUCACUCUCCCUUCGCGUCAUACGCGCGAUGGACCCGAGCCUUCCUUCGAGAUCAUGACUGGGGGACGAUUUCCGCAAGGUGAACUUGGAGAGGUAUUUGACGCAUGCGUCAAGGUCGAAGACACUAUCAGGAUUGCGGCAAAAGAACCAGGGCUCGGGACGUGUAUCGCCAUCAGCAAGCCAAUACCAAGAUACGCCAAUCGUCGGUUCGCUGGUGAAGACAUUCAGAAGGGAGAUCUAGUGAUGAAGAAAGGAGUCACUAUCCGGACAUCACACAUCAUGCCCCUCGCAUCUGUAGGAAUUGAAACGACCCAGGUGUGCAAGAAGCCUAGAGUCUGUAUCUGGUCGACCGGCAACGAAUUGACCUCUCUAAAGUCUCAUAUCAGAGACGUCAAUGGAGUAUACCUGACGGCGGCGUCGAAAGACGCCGGGGCCGAUGCAACCUUUGGCGGCUCAAUUCCAGAUGAAGUGGAUGCUCUUGUUCAGACCAUAAAAGACCGAUUGGGAUCAUCGGCGGUGGAUGUCAUGAUUACAAGUGGAGGCGUAUCCGUUGGAAAGUUCGAUCACGUCCGUCAGGCACUGGAAACCCUUGGUGCAACCAUCGUGUUCCACGGCGUAGCUGUCCGUCCGGGCCAUCCGGUUCUCUUCGCACUACUCUCUUCUGCCUGGGGUGAGGUAGCUUUCUUUGGGUUACCCGGUAACCCCGGCGCAGCAGCAGCCUGCUUCAAAUUCUUGACUGUCCCGUAUAUAAGCCAUCUUCUGGGUCAAGAGCCGGAGAAGCCUGUACUUGCGCGCUUGGAGAACCUCCAACUAGGUAGUUCAUCACGGAAGAGCAUUAUGGAUGCGCCCAACAGAGGACUCAACUGUGACAGGUUCAGACCUGGAGUUCUGCAAAUGACAGGUGGCGAGGGACUUACAGUCCACGAAGCUGCUGGGGUAUUGGGGCCAUCUAAGAUGGCGCCUUUCGUGCAGGCAAAUUGUUGGAUUCACAUCAAGGCAAACGAGGCCAUCGAGACGGGACAGAUGGUAUAUUGCUAUCCCAUGAAUGACUCUCUGGUAUCCUGA